CCUCUCCAAAACCCGCCCGUCGCGCUGCAGGCCACGCCCCAGUACGUGCUGGGGCUCAGCACCGCAGCCCCGGCCCCGCCCGCGGCCCGGGACUGGGGCCCCGCGCGAGGCGGCAGGAGCGGCGCGUGUGGCUGCUGCGCCGGGCUCCCGCCUACGUGUGGGAGCGCAUGUGGAGGCACCGCCCCGCCCGGCCUUAGGAUGCGCGCGCGCGCGAGCGGACGGAGGGGACGGAGGGGGCCCGUGGGCCCCGCGCUGCCCUUUGUCUUCUGUCAGAAGAAAUGACCUUUGAUGAGGGCGCUUUUCUUCCGCUGAGUCAAUCCCCAAGGAGGACUGACAGCUGAGGACCACCUGCUGCCGCACUCCCAGCAGCCAGAAGAUGGUAGAAUGAGAAAUUUAGAAAAGAACACGUUUACAAAGGAAGCUUUGGCUUUGGCUUGGCGAUACUUUUUACCUCCAUACACCUUCCAAAUCAGAGUUUGUGCUUUGUAUCUGCUAUAUGGAUUAUAUAACACCCAGCUGUGUCAACCAAAACAAAAGAUUAGAGUUGCCGUGAAGGAUUGGGAUGAAAUUUUAAAGUUUCAGCAAGAUUUGAUAAAUGCACAACAUUUUGAUGCAGCUUAUAUUUUUAGGAAGCUACGACUAGACAGAGCAUUUCACUUUACAGCAAUGCCUACAUUGCUGUCAUACAGAAUGAAGAAAAAAAAUCAACGAGCUGAAGUUACUGAAGACUUUAAGGACCCAAAUGAUCAUGUAAUGAAACUUAUCACUUCUGAUGUAUUAGAGGAAAUGCUGAAUGUUCAUGACCAUUAUCAGAGAAUGAAACAUAUAAUUUCAGCUGAUAGAUCCAAUCCAGACAAAGCCCUCAGCUUGAUAAAGGAUGAUUUUUUUGACAAUAUCAAGAACAUAGUUUUGGAGCAUCAGCAAUGGCACAAAGACAGAAAGAAUCUAUCCUUAAAAUCGACAGCUAAAGAUGGAGAAGAAAAGAGUGAAGGAAACUCACAACAAUCAGAGAGAAGUGAAAGGGCAGAAUCAUUAGCGAAAAUAAAAUCAAAGGCCUUUUCAGUUUUUGUUCAGGCAUCCAAGUCAAGAAGGCAUCGUCAGAUCAAACUUGAUUCGUCUGACUCUGAUUCUGCAUCUAGUCAAGGACAAACCAAAGCAACUAGGAAAAGAAGAAACAAAGAGACAUUGAAACCAGCAGGAAGGAAGAUGUCUUCCAGAAACAGAGGUGACAUGCAAAAUGUACAUAAGGAAGAUAAAUCUUUAAGUCUGAGUAUGCCUGUAAUUACAGAAGAGGAAGAGGAGAAUGAAAGUUUUAGUGAAACAGAGUUCACUGCACCCAAGAGGAGAAGAAAACACAGAACAAAGAGCCUGGUGUAGAGUACUUAAUUUUGAGCUUUCUGACAGAAGAAAAGAUUCAUAUUUUGUGUAUUGAACAGGAAGACUGCCAAUAUUAAAAAUAAUUCUUCUGGGAAGCUGUAGGUAUUUCUUUGAAAUGUCAAUACUUUAAUAUAGUUCUAGAAUAAAAGUACAAAAAAAUUAGAGUAUUAUUCUAAAAUUUAAUUUUAACAUCUUUUGUGAAAUAUGCAUAAAUGAUAAAAUUUGGAUUUAGAAUAUAAUAGAAAUAAUUCUGUUAUUUGCAGAUUAUUGCUAUUUCCUACAACUUUUUUGUGCUAUUAUACUAUCUUAGUACAGUUCUGGAAGUGUUAACUAUUCUAUUUAAAAUCUUUUUUCUUGAAAUAUUAAUGUUUAUUAUAUGUAAAUGGCUAAUUAUAUCUAGUUUGGUAAUGUUUGUUUAUGAUGUAUAUUAACUAUUUUAUAUAUUACGUUGUUAAGUGCAAUAAAGUUUUUGCCUUGUUUGCUUUA